ACAAUGCAUCAGUCCAGUAAACAAAUAUCUUACGUCUGCCUGUGACAGCUCCAGCUCACGUUAGCUAAUCAGCUCUACUGAAGGUCUCCUCUUGGAAACGCUUGACUUAUUGAAGUAGUCUGAAAAAACGUGACAUUACACGUUUGAACUCACAUAGUUUGUUGAUUUCAAAUUGUUGUUUGUCGAUUUGCUAAUGCUAAUCAAGGGACAAUAAAGCUAGGUUAUAGCGACGCUAGCUAACGCAGCUGUCAGAAGAAACGGAAGCAAUGUCUGGACCAAACGGAGACCCCAACAUCUCAGCUGAUGAUGGAAUUAUCAACGAUGAUGAUGAUUUUGGCGACGAAGAAGAGUACGAAGCCAUCAACACCAUGCUAGAUCAGAUCAACUCCUAUCUGGAUGACCUGGAGGAUCGCAAUGAUUCACUUAAUGGAAAACUACAUGAACUGAUGGAGUCAAACCGGCAAGCCCGGCUUGAGUUCAGGGCACAGCUCCAGGGCAGCCAGAGCCAGGAGGAGCAAAGUCCUGCAGAAGGGGACCCCUCUUCGCCUGAUAAAGGAGACCCGGACGCGGACUGCGGGGACAGCAAAUGAGUGACAAUGUGGUACAAAAUGCAGGACUAGAAAUAUUUAUGAAAGAUGACUUAACUCCUGACCUCUGAUGAUUUCUUGAUCUGCUUAGUUCAUGCCUGUCAGAUUCAUCUGUGAGUUGAAUGCAUUUACAUGCCCCUGAAGCAGAUAUGUGUUCUGACCUUUAUCUACCUUUCUCCUUCGUUGAACUGUGGUGUGCUGGUGUUUGGCUCCUCAGUAGAUUGGACUUAGUUGACACCUAGCAGGUCUGUAUAAAAACCACCUGGCGCUAAAACCUUGAUCACAUUUGUUGAGAUCUUGAGACAUUGGUGUGAUGAUCCAACUUUGGCAUCCUGAAAACAAAUGUUUAAGUCAGGAUUACGCUUGAAAAUGUUCAAGAAGCUGAUAAGACACCAAAGACUCUGAUUUAAGCAGCUCAAACUACAAGAUCAUGCUUGGAUUUUUUCAGAAUCCUUUCACAAGUCCUGUCUGGGUAUUUGACUUGAAAUAGGGAUCAAAGUGAAACCUCUGUGUAGUGUUGAUAUUCAGCUUGUUAAAGUCUUAAAAGUGUGAAUUUAUGUCUUAUUUCUCCCAAUAUGUAAAAAAGUAACAUUCCAGAUGUGUGCUACUUAAAAUUAUCUGCAGCAUGACUGAAAUCUUUGCUCAUUGUUCAAUUGUGGUUAUGAUAACCUGAAGUGAUGCAGUCUGAAAUGUGUUCAAUAAUGUUACUGAGUACUGUUAAAAAAAAAAAAGGAGUCAACAAAGAGUGGGAAUUACCAGACAUUUUAAUAUAAAUUAAAAUGACCCUCAAACAGAAAACAAACAUCCAAAAAUACAUUAAACUUCCAGCAGUUAGAAAACAUCACUGUUUGUUCUUCUCAAUUUUGUCAGUAGCUGAAUAAAAAUACGAUAAGAAACAUA